AUGCCCGAACAAGCACCACUGGUCAUCCCCAAAGGAUGCCCCAAUUUUCGGAACCCCAGCUUUCUCAACAUGCAAAACGCUUUAAUGCAAAUCAACAACUGGAACAAAGACGAAACCAUUCAACACAUGAUACAGGACUGGGUCACGCAAAAUCCUGCACCACCUCAAAUUCCCACACCCGAACCCCCCCGUUCCCCUUCUCCAGUGCCCAGCAUCGCUCCAGCCCUCGGUCCGGUAGAAGAACCUAUCAAUCUGAGUAACACGAAACUCACUUUCAACGAAAUUGACACCAAAACUACCAUAUCAGACUUCGUUAUCGACAAACCAUCACCCUAUGCAAUCAAUAAAGUCGAAAGCGGUGACUAUAUCGAAUUAUGGUACUUCACAGUGGAGGGCUGCAGAGACGCUUUUGCACAUCAGCACACCAUAGCGAACACUCUCAGCAUGAUCACAAACGACAACAAUCAGGUUGCACUCAAACCAGCCGCUUCUUACUGUGCAUCCAAAAACGCGAAACACGACGAAGACUUAACCUUAAACCAGAUUUUCAUCGCUCGCACUUGUCUCAUCAAUGAGAUGGACAAAGCGGGCUGGAAGCGCGACUUCACUCGAAUGCUCAGUCAUUUCUAUCUACAACUAGACAUGCAUCCCAAACGUCGUUUCUCACACAGCGAACAAAUACUUGUCACUUAUCAUGCACAGGCACAUCACAAAUAG